ACCAACCUGAGCAACCGACAUUAAUUCUUCGCAUAAAUAACAUCUCCUCUCUCAGGAGAUCUGGAUUGCUCGAUCUCACAAUGGAAAGAGCUCUCAAUUCAAUUCGCUCACUUCUAAUCACCACACUCAUCUGCAUUCUUCUCUUCUCCGAUGAUGCCCGGUGUUUCUAUCUUCCCGGUGUUGCUCCUGAAGACUUCGAAAAGGUCUUCCUAAUUUUAAUUUCUUUUUCCGAGCUGGGAGAUCCAUUGAGCGUGAAAGUGAACAAAUUGACGUCUAUAAAGACUCAGCUUCCUUAUUUGUACUAUUCUAUCCCUUACUGCCGGCCAAAUACUAUAAUCGACAGUAGAGAGAAUCUUGGAGAAGUCCUUCGUGGAGAUCGCAUCGAGAACUCCCCUUAUGUGUUUCGGAUGAGGGAGCCACAGUUGUGCAACGUUCUUUGUCAAGUGGUGCUCGAUGCCAAGACUGCAAAAGCAUUCAAAGAAAAAAUCGAAGAUGAAUACCGGGUCAACAUGAUCUUGGAUAAUCUUCCUUUGGUUGUACCGAUUCCAAGAUUGGAGCAAGAAGGUCCUCCGAUCUACCAGCUGGGUUUCCACGUCGGGCUGAAAGGGCAAUAUGCAGGCAACAAGGAAGAAAAGUUUUUUCUCCACAACCACUUGAACUUCGUCGUCAAGUAUCACAAGGAUCCGCAAACCUACACAUCAAGGAUUGUCGGCUUUGAAGUCACACCAUUUAGUGUCAAGCACGAAUAUGAAGGAAAAUGGACGGGAAACACACGGCUAACGACAUGUGAUCCACAUGCCCAACAUAUAGUAACCUCUUCAAGCUCGCCACAAGAGGUCGAAGAUAAGCAAGAAGUGAUAUUCACUUAUGAUGUCACAUUUCAGGAGAGCAACGUGAAAUGGGCAUCGAGAUGGGACACAUAUCUCCUAAUGGCCGAUGAUCAAAUCCAUUGGUUCUCCAUAGUGAAUUCUCUGAUGAUUGUCUUCUUCCUCUCUGGUAUGGUUGCGAUGAUAAUGCUGAGAACACUCUAUCGAGACAUCUCCCGGUAUAAUGAGCUCGAGACCCAUGAGGAGGCCCAGGAAGAAACCGGAUGGAAACUGGUCCACGCGGACGUGUUCAGGCCCCCAAGCAACUCUGAUCUCCUCUGUGUGUACGUUGGAACAGGGGUGCAGUUUCUCGGAAUGGUCCUCGUCACCAUGAUCUUCGCUGUCCUCGGAUUCCUCUCCCCUUCAAACCGAGGCGGCCUCAUGACAGCCAUGCUACUGCUCUGGGCAUUCAUGGGGAUUUUCGCCGGCUACGCUGCAGCCCGUCUCUAUAAGUUGUUCAAAGGGACCGAGUGGAAGAGGAUAGCCAUGAACACAGCGGUCCUCUUCCCUGCCACGGCGUUUGCCCUCUUCUUCGUCCUCAACGCCCUCAUCUGGGGCGAGAAGUCUUCAGGGGCUGUCCCAUUUGGGACGAUGUUCGCCCUCGUGUUCCUCUGGUUCGGCAUCUCUGUCCCACUCGUCUUCCUAGGGAGCCACAUUGGGUUCAAGAAAGCAGCGAUGGAGGACCCUGUGAAGACGAACAAGAUCCCGAGGCAGAUCCCAGAGCAGGCAUGGUACAUGAACCCGAUCUUCUCGAUCCUGAUAGGGGGCAUCCUGCCGUUCGGGGCGGUGUUCAUCGAGCUGUUCUUCAUUCUGACCUCCAUCUGGCUGAACCAGUUCUACUACAUCUUCGGGUUCCUCCUGAUCGUGCUGGUGAUCCUCGUGGUGACGUGCGCGGAGAUCACGGUGGUGCUCUGCUACUUCCAGCUGUGCAGCGAGGACUAUCUGUGGUGGUGGCGAUCGUACCUGACAUCGGGAUCAUCGGCAUUGUACCUCUUCCUGUACGCGGUGUUCUACUUCUUCACGAAGCUGGAUAUCACGAAGCCGGUGUCGGGGGCGCUCUACUUCGGAUACAUGCUGAUCGCGUCGUACGCGUUCUUCGUUGUAACGGGGGCGAUAGGGUUCUACGCUUGCUUCUGGUUUACGAGGCUCAUUUAUUCAUCUGUCAAGAUUGAUUAAUUGAUUGAUUGAUUGAUUGAUUAAGCAGAGUUUAGGAUAGAGAGUGCUUGCUUGGGUGUGAAUGCUUUCAUAAGGGAAGAUACGUCACCAAAUUAAUUUUGGAAGUCAAUGAUAUUUCAAGAGAAUAUUUUAACAUUUUUCCAACUUA